AUGGAUGCCUUCGAAUACAAUGCCAAUCCCAGCCGCGUUGUCUUUGGCAGCGGCACGCUGCAGAAACUCCCCGAUGAGAUCGCUCGUCUGCAGCUGAAGUCCCCACUGGUCCUCUCGACACCACAGCAAAUUGGCCAGGCUGAAAGCGUCAAGAAUGUCUUGAAGGGCCAGGUGGCAGGCAUCUUCGGCGAGGCUACCAUGCACACCCCAACACACAUUACAGAUAAGGCGCUCGAGUAUGCGAAGGCACAGGGUGCUGAUUCAGUGAUUUCUAUUGGUGGAGGCAGUACCAUUGGUCUGGGCAAGGCAAUUAGCAUUCGCACCGGUUUACCUCAUAUCUGCAUUCCUACGACUUAUGCUGGGAGUGAGAUGACCCCUAUCCUGGGCGAGACUGCGGAUGGUCUGAAGAAGACUCGCUCGGAUCCUAAGAUCUUGCCGGGCACGGUGAUCUAUGAUGUUGACUUGACUAUGACAUUACCUGCGAAUAUGAGUGCUACAAGUGGCGUCAAUGCAAUUGCUCAUGCCGGACCGUUUUUAAGACCGAUAUGCAUCCAGUUGAAGCCCUCUACGCCCGCAACACCAACCCAAUCAUCAAUCUGGUGGCCCUUGAAGGAACCCGUGCACUGGCCAGCGCCCUCCCCCGAAAUCGUGGAGAACCCAUCAUCCCUGUCAGCCCGCUCCAACGCUCUCUACGGGGCAUGGCUCUGUGGAACUUGCCUAGGUAGCGUGGGCAUGUCCAUCCAUCACAAGCUGUGUCACACUCUUGGUGGCAGCUUUAACUUGCCUCAUGCCGAGACUCAUACCGCUGUUCUUCCCCAUGCGAUUUCCUACAAUGCUCCGAAUAUCCCUGAUGCGAUGAAUAAAUUGGCAGAAGUCCUCCCCGGGAGCAACGGGGAUGCGAUCCACGGACUGAACGUGUUGCUUGCCAAAUUGAAAGUCAAGCGGGGCUUGAAAGACUAUGGCUUGAAGGAGGAAGAUGUGGAUAAAGCGGCGGAUAUCGCUGUAUCAAACCCGUACUGGAACCCGCGGGCCAUCGAAAGAGAGCCGAUUCGCGAGUUGAUUCGUCGGGUUUGGGCGGGCGAGCCUGCGAAUGCCAACCUCACCGGUGCUAUCCACUCCGAUGAUCGCAUCCUGGAGGAAACUAAGCCAGUGCCCGCAAGCGCAGCCCAACCGGCCUCCGAUGACGAACUCACCAUUACUUAUGACAUUGAGCGUACUCUCAAGGAAAUUCGCCAGGCACGGUACAAGCGAAUCGCCCUCCAAUUCCCGGAUGAUAUGCUCCCCGAUGCUCCCCGCGUAUUCCAGCUUCUCAGUCGCGGUCUCAACUCAACGGAGGCGGCAACUACCAACGAGACGCAGCCGUCUGGCGCGGCCACCAGCGUCGGAGCAGAAGAUAAUCUGAGUCAGUCUGUGUCGCAGCUAUCGCUGGAGCAGGCGGAAAAAUGGUCGCCACGGCUUUACAUUCUGGCUGAUACUUCCUACGGCACAUGCUGUGUGGAUGAGGUGGCUGCAGAGCAUGUGGACGCAGACGUUGUGGUGCAUUACGGUAGAUCAUGUCUGUCGCCAACCGCCAGACUACCUGUAAUCUAUGUCUUUACCCACAAGGCCCUACCGUUGGAUCCUGUCGUGGAAGCUUUCAAGACAACCUACCCGGACCCAUCAACCAAAGUCAUCAUUGCAGCCGAUGUAGGUUUCUCUGACCACGUCCCGACCCUGUACGAGCGGUUGGGACAAGAUGGAUAUACCAACAUAUUUGCGACUGAUCUGGUUCACGAGCCUUCAUCGCCUAUUCCAAAUCGCACUAUACCCGAUGCCGUUCGCGGGAACCCCGAGACUCUAUCCGACUGGCAGCUGUUCCACAUCUCCGACCCCCCGACUGCUCUUCUAUUGACCCUUGCGUCUCGUGUGGCCGCAAUCCAUAUCUACCCCACAAGUAACCCAGGUGACAGUAGCGUUAAGCCAUUACAGGUUUCCACGGCUGCACAAUUGCGCCGGCGCUAUGCCCUUCUGACUGUAAAGAACUACCUCGGGAUCGUCGAGCAUGUGAAGGAAAAGAUCGCGGCGGCGGGAAAGAAAAGCUACAUGUUCGUGGUCGGCAAGCUCAACGCUGCGAAAGUAGCCAAUUUCAGCGAGAUUGGAGGAUGGGUGGUUAUUGGCUGCUGGGAGAGCUCUCUUGUUGACAGCAAGGAUUUUUGGAAGCCUGUCAUUACCCCAUUUGAAUUGGAACUGGCACUUCAAGGGGACACUGAGCGGGUGUGGACGGGGGCCUGGCAGAGUGAUUUCCAGGCCAUUCUCAACCAGCCUGCCAAAGAGGCUGAUAGCGACGGCCAGCCAUCAGCAAACGGUGCAACGGGGGACGCAGAAGAUGAUAUGUCAGAACCCGAGUCUGCGCCGCCCGAGUUCGACCUGCGCACUGGGCGCUACGUCUCGCAUUCACGGCCGAUGCGGGAGUCCGCACCACCCUCUUCUUCACAAUCUCACCUUAUCGACGGGUCGUCUGGGCCAAAUGCGGCUAGAGCCCUGGCACGUCGGGCCAACGGGGCGGAAUUCCUGCGAUCGCAGCGCACCUGGAAGGGGUUGGGCAGUGACUUCGAUAUUCGAUACGAUGAAGAAGAGGACCCUGCGGAUAGCACAUUAGUCCGAGAAGGGCGCAAGGGCAUCGCCAGGGGUUAUACUGUGGGUGAAUCCAGCGACAAACACUAG